AUGCAACAGAACGAAACUGAAGUUGGAGAAGCGUUUAAAGAAGCUUUUGAUACUGGACUUGUCAAGAGGGAGGAUCUUUUCAUUUCCACCAAGUUAUGGAACUCUGAUCAUGGACAUGUUGUUGAGGCUUGUAAAGAUAGUCUUAAGAAACUUCAGUUAGAUUAUCUUGAUUUCUAUCUUGUUCACUUUCCUGUUUCCACAAGGCAUACUGGGGUUUUUACUACUGAUAGUUCUUUGGGUGAAGAUGGUGUCCUGGGUAUAGAUACAACCAUAUCCUUGGAAACUACAUGGCAUGCGAUGGAAGGUCUUGUCUCAUCGGGCUUGGUUCGCAGCAUAGGGAUCAGCAACUAUGAUAUCUUUCUAAAUAGAGAUUGCUUAGCAUACUCCAAGAUAAAGCCUGAUGUGAAUCAAAUUAAAACUCAUUCAACUGCCAAACAGAAAUCCAUAACUCCUAACAAAUUUCUAACUUGCAACUAA